GGGAUCUGCUAAUACUCGCGUCGCCGAUGAUCCCAACUCCGUUCUCCGCUUUUAACUUUAUGUAUCUGAGCAUCAUGUCAUAACUUCGCCAUUCUUGUCUUUUUGAACUGAUUUUUUUAAAUUUCACUCUACUUUCUGUUUCCAAAACACUUCCAGGUACCUUGUCACAUGUUCUGUGCAGUAGUAAUUAUUGUUACUGAUGGAGAAUCCGAGACAAGAAAGAGAAAUUUGUGGAAUUAUUUCAGCACAGGUUUAGGCAUAGUUCAUUCUUUUAGCAUUGAAGUAAGCUCUGUGUGUUCAUCUAUAGAGCCUCACAUACAGACAGAUAAUGCAGUGGUUCUUCAUACUUGUUCCCUCUGCCUAGAAUAUUCUCUCCUUCAGUCAUCACAUUUCUUGUUCUUCUGUGUCAUUCAGGUCUCAGCUCAAAUGUCAUACCUAAGAGAAUGUCUCCGUACAACAAAUCUAAAAAAGCUCACUCUCCCCACUCCCUUCCAUCCCUGGUACUAUAGUGGACAUUCUUUUUGGGUUUGUUUAAUGGAAUCCCAUUCCUUGUCUACUUUGUAAAUUCUCACUUGUCCUUUAAGGCUUAGGGCAAACCUGACCUUUUUUUUUUUUAAGAUUUUAUUUAUUUAUUGACAGAGACACAGCGAGAGAGGGAACACAAGCAGGGGGAGCGGGAGAGGGAGAAGCAGGCUUCCCGCUGAGCAGGGAGCCCGAUGCGGGGCUCGAUCCCAGGACCCUGGGACCACGACCUGAGCCGAAGGCAGAUGCUUAAUGACUGAGCCACCCAGGCGCCCCAAACCUGACCUUUUCUUAAGGACAACCCCAGAUUCUAAGAACAAAGGAAAUUGGCUAUGGAUAAUUCAUAUCAUUUCAAUCAACGAAACUCAUGUAACGGACUUCCAUCUGAGAAGAAAAACAACUUCCUUGUAUCCGAAGAUCAUGGACAGAAAAUCUUAAGUGUACUGCAGAAUUUUAGAGAGCAAAAUGUCUUUUAUGAUUUCGAAAUAAUCAUGAAAGAUGAAACAAUCCCAUGUCAUCGCUGUGUCUUAGCAGCGUGCAGUGACUUUUUCAGGGCUAUGUUUGAAGUAAACAUGAGAGAGAGAGACGGCGGGAGCGUCACCAUCACUAAUCUGUCGUCCAAAGCCGUGAAGGCAUUCCUUGACUACGCCUAUACCGGGAAAGCACAGAUAACAGACGAUAAUGUGGAAAUGUUCUUCCAGUUGUCCUCAUUUCUUCAGGUCUCCUUCCUAGCCAAAGCUUGCAGUGACUUUCUAAUAAAAAGUAUUAACCUUGUCAACUGUCUGCAGUUACUAUCUGUAUCAGACAGCUACGGCUCCCCCCGCUUGUUCAGUCACGCGCUGUACUUUGUACAGAACCACUUUUCCUUGCUAUUUAAGUCCAGUGAUUUCUUAGAGAUGAAUUUUGGAGUCCUGCAAAAAUGUCUGGAGUCAGAUGAGUUAAAUGUCCCCGAAGAAGAAACUGUCCUGAAAGUUGUCCUUAGUUGGACCAAACAUAACUUAGAAUCGAGGCAAAAGCAUCUGCCUUAUUUGAUUAAAAAAGUACGAUUACAUCAGUUAUCUGAGGAGACCCUUCAAGACUGUCUGCUCAACGAAGAGUGUUUACUCAAAAGCACAAACUGCUUUGACAUGAUCACGGAUGCCGUUAAGUGUGUGCAAGGUUCUGGUGGACUCUUCCCUGAUGCUCGGCCAUCCACCACUGAAAAAUACAUAUUUGUUCACAAAACUGAGGAAAAUGGAGGCGACCAAUAUACAUUUUGCUAUAAUAUCAAUAGUGACUCGUGGAAAGUGCUGCCACAGUCACAUCUGAUCGAUUUGCCAGGGUCUAGUCUGUCUAGUUACGGAGAGAAAAUAUUCCUGACAGGAGGCUGCAAAGGGCCAUGCUGCAGAACCGUCCGGCUUCAUAUCGCAGAGUCCUAUCACGAUGCGACCGAUCAGACCUGGUGCUACUGUCCGGUGAAAAACGAUUUCUUCCUGGUAUCAACUAUGAAGACACCAAGAACCAUGCACACGUCAGUUUUGGCUCUCAAUAGAUUAUUUGUCAUUGGUGGGAAGACCAGAGGGUCUCAGGACAUUAAAAGUCUCUUAGAUGUUGAGUCUUACAACCCUCUUUCCAAAGAAUGGCUAUCUGUUAGCCCGUUACCCCGGGGCAUAUACUAUCCCGAAGCAAGCGCAUGCCAGAAUGUAAUCUAUGUUCUUGGAUCAGAGGUAGAGAUUACAGAUGCCUUUAACCCGUCACUCGACUGCUUUUUUAAAUACAACGCAACCACUGACCAGUGGUCGGAACUGGUAGCAGAGUUCGGGCAGUUUUUUCAUGCGACCCUGAUUAAAGCUGUCCCGGUAAACUGCACGCUGUAUAUAUGUGACCUUUCCACCUACAAGGUGUAUAGUUUUUGUCCAGAUACUUGCGUCUGGAAGGGGGAAGGCUCUUUUGAAUGUGCAGGCUUUAACGCAGGCGCAGUUGGGAUUGAAGAUAAAAUUUAUAUCUUAGGUGGUGAUUACGCACCAGAUGAAAUCACAGAUGAAGUGCAGGUCUACCACAGCAGUAGAUCUGAGUGGGAAGAAGUCUCACCGAUGCCAAGAGCCUUAACUGAAUUUUACUGCCAAGUGAUUCAGUUCAAUAAAUACAGAGACCCGUGGUUUUCUAAUCAUUUCUGAAAGGAGCAUGUGCCUAGACAGUCUAAAAUGAUUCCAGUUCUAGAAAUCUACUGUAAAUCUGUUAACCUGUAGUUGGUAACAAGGUCUUUACCUCUUAGUAAAGUAAAAUGUACCGUCUGUUAGAGAAUCACUAUAGGACUUAGCAGUUGCCAGAAACUUAAAAUACAAAGUACAUUUACCAGACAUUAUACUGGAUAUAAUUUAAUCACGGAGAAUCCAGAAUACUUAGUAUUCUCAUAUGUAAGUAAAACUCGUAGGCAUCGAUGUCUUGAUUUUUAGAGUACUUUAUCCAUGAAAGACCAGGAAGAACAAAUCAGUGUUCACAGAUCUGUACUAUCUAGACGGGAAAAAUCUCUUUAGGUAGUGGAAAUGGAUUAUUUGCACACUAUGUUAGGUGAAGUGAAAAUUAAAUUAGAAAGACCUAAGAAGCCUGCCCCGUUACUACAGGAGUAAGAGGGGCUGAAUUCCUAUCCUUUCCAAUCAUGGCUUAGCUUCUUUUAAGCCCUUCCUUUUUUUUCCCCACCAUUUGUUGUUUUUGUUUUGUUUUGUUUUGUUUUUCGUCAGGUAAACUUUUCUAAAAUGCAGUGUAUUUCCCCCUGGCUUCUAAGCUAUACACUAAACAUAGCUUGACUUUUUUUUUAUGAUUUAACUCUUCAUUAAGAGCAUAAUGUUCCAUGAUAUAAUGCCAUAAUGCCAAUGGCAAUUACUGAAAUGCUUUUAAAAUUGCUGAUUCUAUUAGUUCUAAGUGUUAGUUGGUUUCAAUUUCUAGCAAUAUCAUAUCUUUUUUAUUUUGUGGCUCAGGCUCAGUAAAUUAACAUUCUUCAUUUAAUUAUUAGUUAUAAGUUACACCCAAUCUGAGUCUAUCUUAACAUGUAACCCAUCGAGUGAAGUUCCUGGAUUCUGAGAUGGUAGUCCUCAAAUACUUUUCCUGUAUCCUUGCCAGUUUCCAGGAUUACUGAGGAUGUAGGAAAUCUGACCUCUAGAUAAGUCUAUUCUUAUGUUGCAUUUCUUAAAUUUUUAGAUGUCCUAAUUUGAGUUGUAAUAAGAAAUUUCAACAUUUUAAAUUAGUACCAUAUCAGUUUUCUUUGAUGAUACAUACCAACUAUAAAGCACCGUGUUGGUUUACUACUUACGUAAGUUAUUCAUAGUGAAUUGUUUUCUAAAUUCUUUUAAAAAUGACUAGGUUUUUGGUGUUGAUCUUAUUCACAGCCUGCUGUAUCUGUUUAGAUGCUUAGUCAUCUUUAACCCAAACAAAGAAGGAGUAUCAGUCAGUCAUCCCUUGUUCUCAGGUAGGAUGAUUCUGUGUUGCAAGAGAGUAUGUUUCUUUCAUAAGUUUAAAAGAUAUAACCAUAUUAGGCUGUAAAAGUAGAAAUAUACCUAAAUAAAGGUCCAUUUAUUAUACCAUAUAAGUUUAUGCAAUUGUAAGCUUCAAAUAUAUUUUUUUCAAAAUAGAACAGGACGUUAGACUACAUGAUCAUGCAAUUCCAAAAUCGGACUGUCCCUAAUCAGAUGACAGUUGCAUAAAAAGUAUUCUGUAGAACUGUUGGCCUUCCUCCCUAAGUUGGCUCUGCCCUUUCGUGUGUGUGUGUGUGUGUGUGUGUGUGUGUGUGUGUGUGCAAGAAAAAAAUUCAGUGAAGACAUUUGUGUGCAUAUUUGUGGAUUUGGAAACAAAUUAUUUAAGAAAGACCAUAACACAGUGGGUGACCCAUCUGUGGAUUUACUGAACUGUUAAUUUAAACAUAUAUAAAUAAUUAAAGUAUGUUUAAAAUAAAUAUUGUUUUAAUUACUGACUCUAGGAAUUGUUAAUCUCUUCCAGAAAGGAGAAACUAAGGUGAAACAGAAUCCCUUCCUGAUCUUGUUUCAUUAUUAGAUUAGCUUGACGUCUGCCCAUCUUCUCAUUGGCCGUUGAUUCCUGGUAAUGUUUCUAGAAGCAAGGCCUAGGUCGUUCCCUCUGCAUAUGAUCACGUAUACCUUCUAACACACAAGGCUUGCUGCCUUUCUUCUACAGUUGCUGCAGUUUACUUGUUAAUCAUUUUUUUCUCAUUGCCACCCCUUUCCAUCUGCAAUGGAGUGCUCUGUGUCGGCUACUGUGGCAAGGAAAGUACUCUGUCCAGUCGUCACCCCUAAAUUCUUCCUUUGUUUACUGUUCUUUGUCCUUGCCACCAGAGCAGUGCUGUCCUGGGCUUGGCUCCAGUAAUAACGGAUCUUGUUCUCUCUAAUUUUGCAUCUUAUAACAGUGUCACUUAACAUUUACAUUAUCUGUCUGCCGUAUUGACAAAGGGUUGUCUGUGUUCCACACCCUCGAGGAACCCAGCCACAUGCACGCGUGGCCAGUGACUGGACUGGUUCUGUCUUUCUCAUCCUGCCCGUCGAUCCCUGGCUUCACUGUCCAAGAACCAUGCCUGUCAUUCUGGCCUCACCCUCCGUUCUGGAUCUCUGACAGGCAAGUCUCCGAUCUCUCAAGCUUAUUCUCACAACCCCCAGAAAGAGCUGUGUUCCUGUCUGCAAAGUUAGGUCAGGGGAAGUAACACAUCCCUUCGUCUAUGGCCUCUUCCCUGAGUCUUUUUUCUUUUUCCUCUAAAGUCUGCUUCCCCUUCAUGAUCCUCCUUCAGCCAGCGUUGCACUGUAAGAGACAAAAUCACUGUGCUCAUUACCCAGAUUGCUUUCAUUCUUGUGGAAAAAUUCUGUUAAACAUUCCUAAGUCCUUUAUCGUUUGGAUUAUGCACAUAAAAAAAAAUUCUGGUAUUGUAACACCUUCUAAAAUUGAAAGUAGCUAUAUGGCAUUAUUAUAUAUAAAGAUGAUUAAAUUCAACAUUUAUAUGAGAUCAAUUCAAAGUUAAUGGACACUCCUGGAGUGAUCUACAAACUUGAUUUAAAAUGUGGAGCACCUUUUGUUCAUCUAUUGGUUGUCAGACUGAGCAGUAUGAAGAAUAUUAGCAUAAUCGAAAUUCACUACCCUCCCAGAACACUCAACUCCAGUUCUGGGUGGGAAAGGAGUCUUUAUCACAGCAGGAUUCAAUCAUGCUACCCUGGAAAGCGAGAGUGUGAUUUGAGAGUGACCACAUCCCGCAACAUGAUUCCGUUUUUCCCACGUAUCAAGAGCAACUGGAUAUGUGCACAGUGUGCAUGGCUCAAGGGGCACCAUUUAGAAAAUCAGACUCAAGUAGAGAGAGACACAUGUACUGACAUUCCGAGAUAGGGAAGCAGUAAAUACAGUGUAAUGAUUAGGUAUAUUGUGGACUAUGUACAGGUACUUUUAGGUCUUCAUUCUCAGUUUAAUUGGAUCCCGUGUUUGGAAGGUCUUUUAUAUUGAGAAUUGAAAAUGUAAGACUCAAAAAUGUCUUCCGGUGGGCCGCCCUGGAGGGCAACCUAAAAAGAAAGGCUGGAAUGUAUAGGGAAGUCAAUUUCCAUUCAACGUAAGAAAUCACUUGACUCCACUUUGCAAAGCCAUAUUCAGAAUAAGACGAGUCUUCAGACAUGCCCUGUGGCAGUUGGUUGGCCCAAUAAGUUCCUACACAGCAGUAGACAACCAAAGAUUUCUACACGCUCUUUACACAUUUCCAUCUCACUAGUUUUCUGACAUACGGAUGAUGACUUCCUCCUCCGAUUUAUUUAGCGUUUUAGGUUCUAAGGAACUUGAUUUCAGUGGCUCUGCAUACUCAAGGUUUCAACAGAACUACACCCAUUCAGGAGCAGUCUUACUGAAGAGAAUUUGUUCUUUUUUUUUAAUCACUCAGGAAAUAUCUGUAAAUGGUGCUGACAUUUCUAGUGCACUGCUAAUAGGGAGUUUCCCCCCUCUACUGUAGGUGCACAUUGUUUCACAGAGAAUAGAAACUGAAAGAGCAGCACCUAAAAUUUUCUCCUGAAUUCGUUCCUAUUUUGCUGCAAAUGUUGCUGUCUAGUUAAAUGUAGUGAUUCUAGUUAAAGAUAUGAUUUAAAAGAACAUAUCUUAAAAACCUAGGUGUGUUUAUAAAUCAAUUCUGUUUGAUGGCACUAUGAUGCUUAAUCAAAUUUAAUAUCUAGUUAGGGAAUAUCAUGUGUAUAAAAACUCUUCUAAAUCCCAGAUUCCUAUUCAAACUUGAAAAUAGCCUUAGAAUCUAACACAGCUUCUAACAUGCUAGAGAGAAACCCCUCUAAAUGCCAAAACACCCUGACAGAUGAUUCACCCUGACAGAUGAUUUUUUUUUUCAACUUCUAAUUCAGUUCUUUCAGGAAGAGAGCUCGAUGCCUUCAUUUUUGAAAAGUUCUAUUAGUGCUCACACUGAAAGCUUCGCGGCCUCCCAGCAUAACUUCCAGCCACUGGUCCUAGGGAGCUGUGUCCACCAGUAUUUGAAACAGUAGCGUGUCUCCCCUCUAAAAUCGAGGCGUCAUUUUCCUUCUUGUUGAAAUGCUUAGCACUUUAAAACCUGCCACAACAGCUGGGGUUACAUGCCUUUCCUUGUACAGGUGCCUCAGAAAAUCCAUCGUAAUUCUCUCGCCUUUUUGGUGGGUUGAGCAAUGACGAGCAUUGCAGAAUCUCUCAAUAAUUCAGGCAUUUUAGUCCCUGGACCAGCUCUCUAGUUCUUAUAAAUCCAUUCUGAGCCAGAUAGAGCCUUGCUGGGUUCUUUUAACCACCCUCCUCACCACCACCACCACCAUCAACAUAACUACAAACACAAAUUUUCUGGGAGAGGAAUUCUAAAGCUAAAUUUUAAUAAGUCUUUCAAUCAUUUGUCAUUAGAUCGGGUUUUCAGACUCUUAAAAGCACUUCUGAUAAAUACCUUAAAAAGUAUACAAAAAGGGGUGCCUGGGGGGCUCAGUCGUUAAGCGUCUGCCUUCGGCUCAGGUCAUGGUCCCAGGGUCCUGGGAUCGAGCCCCGCAUCGGGCUCCCUGCUCCGCGGGAAGCCUGCUUCUCCCUCUCCCUCUCCCCCUGCUUGUGUUCCCUCUCUCGCUCUGUCUCUCUCCGUCAAAUAAAUAAGUAAAAUCUUUAAAAUAUAUAUAUACAAAAAAAUAGACACCAAAGCAGUCACAUCCUUGAUGGUUAAUGGGAGGACGAUUAGCUUACUAAUCAAUAAAGACUAGCUUUGUGUGGACCUUCACCUGUGCUGUUAGUCUGACUGGAUACAGCAGGCUGUUCCCAUGAAACAAUGCCAUUGUUAAAUAAUGCUAUGAGCCAGGAGCUUUAUUCAUCCCGUCAACUUUCACAACAUUCCCUACCAUAGCUACCUAACGAGCUCACCAGAUUAUGCUUUUGGUUCCAAGGGUAACAAGGUUGCUGGGAUAAUUCAGAGUACAGUUCCCUGAGUAUCACAUUAUGGUGUAAAUAUUUCUUUACAUGUCUGUCUUCCUCGUUUAAUUGGAAGCUCUUAGGAAUAGGGACACUAUAUUCAUCAUGUCUGGACCUAGCAAUUAGCACAGUGCUUUCAUAUAAUAAGACAUCCAGUAAACUGAUAUUCUGUUGAGCCAAUAUGUGAAACAAAAUAGAUUUGUUACAAUUAUAUUGUUACGGAAUAGGUCCAUUAUAACUGUACAUCUUGCAACUUAUUUUCAUGUAUAAAGGAAAUGGUUUUGAUCUACUUUAGGAUUUUACAUCUUAGAAUGCUAUCACAUUGUACUUUAGUUAUUUAUGAAUGUAUGUGUUCUUUUUGUAAUAUUUGAGAUCUUUCUCAUGUUUAAAGUCUGAGAAAAUUGGGAUAGGUAAUUUACACAACUGUAGCUUUUGUUAGUAUAUGGAAAAGUUAAUAACGAAGCGUUUGUUGACCACGAGAUUGCAUUACACGGUGCACUGCCCACCUCGGGAGAACGUGUGUAGUUGCAUAAUGUAUGUAUAGUUCUUGAAAGUAAAAUUAUAGAUUCAAAGGCAUUUAUCCACCUGAUUUUUUUAGUGCUUAGGGACUAUUUGUUGUCAUUGAAUUUUAAUUAUAAUAUCUAAUUCUGUGUUUCCUUUCAAAAGCGAUCAUAUAUAAGACAAUGACUGCAAAUUCCCUUAGCGAACAUGCAACCUACUUUCAUCCCCCAUUAAAACCUAAUAGUCUCAGCGACAUUUUCCGCACUUGGGGAGCUAGUGCUCCAAGCUACCAGACAUUGCGUACACAAAUAAUCUCCUUCAUUUCCCUAUUAGUGGAAUGUGGGCUUUUGCCAUAUGCUUUGAGAAAUAAAAUCAGCAUUUUUGCAGGUCCAUGUGAACCAUAUUAACAUGUAGUGAAACAUUUCAAUUCUGUAAAAUAAUACUUAUUAAAAUGUA